AUGCGCUUGGAUGCAGCAACAUUGGCCCUGAGACCUAGGAUUCCAGUUGACAUUGUGGAUCUGAUUCUCCCACAAAUCCCCGAAAGUACACUCGUCACUGAAAUCCCAAGUAUGAUGCGCUGCAACAAAGACCACUCUUUGGAAAUUGCAACAUUAAACCUUCAAAUCGACUUCUUAUUUCUUGAAGUCGAUAAAUUAAAUCCAUACUUCUGGAUGAUGUUGGCAACCUGUGCUGGUGAUUCUGUUCUCGACGAGCCUACCCAGGAAGAGAACAAAAGAUACUUACAGCAAACCAAAGUUCCGCUUCGACGCAAUGCUCCCUACUGGGUCAAGACUCCUGGAGCGAUAGAGUUUCUUAAGGAGAAGCUUAUGAAUCAACCCUAG